CAAAGCUUGGGUAGUCCUCUUCUAGAGAAGGAAAAUUGUUUAUCUUGUAUUACUUUAACUAUGUCCCUAGAUCCUGUGGUGGGAGUUAUGUUAACCACACUAAAAUGUUUCCUUUUGCAGGAGAGAGCUCAGAGUAAGAAGCAAGAAGAGCAGCUGGAACGUCUGCGGAAAGACAUGGACUCUGUGGCUAUGGAGAGCAGCUCGCUUACAGGUGCUUCUGAGACUUCUGCAUUGGGCCCCUCUGACUUGAUCAUGACACGAGGAACUGUAGAUGAGGAAGAUGAAGAGAGAGAGAGUGAUACUGAUGAUAUUGACCAUCAAGUCACUGAGGAAAGCCAUGAAGAACCAGCCUUCAGAAACUUCAUGCAGGAGACAAGGAUGAAGUACCAAAAUAGAAGCAGCCACUAAGAGGGACUUUUAGAUGCAGAAGGCUACAACCCCUUUGACUAGAGAGAACAGCAAGAGAAAAAAGUCCACCACCUCCUGUGCUAUGAAGACACCAGUGCAGCCCUGUAUGCAUUCUAACUUCUGAGAAGUACUUUAUCUUAAAUGUCUAUGCUUGCAAAAUUAGUUGGUUACAGUGAGCUGGAGUUCUGACUUUAGGUGUUUAACCUUUUGCCAUUGUGACUUUUAAAGCAAAAUAAGGAUUGCACUUUCCCAUUUUCUCCAAAUGGUUGUGAACUUGAAUUCCCAGUGUCACAGCAUUGUUUCCUGAAGUUUUAUUAGAGAUUAGAAAGGUCUUUUUCAGGAACUUUUUUCUAAAUGAAGUUUUCUCUGAAUGACAAACAAGAUAACUGAAAUGUCACUGCAGUCCCAUGUUUGACAUUUUAUUUUGUUCUGUAAUUUAUUAUAAAAUA